AAGGAAGAAGAAUUGCAGUUAAAUACGAAACUCUAUGACAACAGCUAACCAACUGUUCAAAUACCAAGAUGUUGUUGUUUAGUUGCUUUUACGAUGAAGGAAUUGUCUGAGAGCUGCGACAUAACCUAAUGUACAGUUAGGUUGACCGAAUUCAAUAGUGUCUUCGGAUAUUUGAAACAUUAACCAUGUUUAGCAGUAGCACCAAUAGGUCGUAUGAUUUGCUUCCGCAGACGGACUCCAGUGCCUACGGCCUGUUCACUGAAAGUUCCAGAGGGUUCAAGCGGCCAAAAGGUCACUCCUUUGACUAUAUUCCCAAUGUUUCUGAAAACAACUUUACAGAUGUCUCUCAGGGAUGGUUGUCCUGGACGUGCAACAUUGUUGUCAUCUUUCUCGUCUACAGUUUCACCGUAAUAGCCUUCCCACUAACAGGAUGGUUUGUACUUAAAACUGUGCCUAACUAUGAGAGAGUUGUAGUGUUUCGCCUGGGACGAAUUUGUCCCCCAAAGGGCCCAGGUGUAAUUCUCGUGCUGCCCCUCAUUGACCAGUGGCAGCGAGUAGAUUUACGUACACGUGCUUUUAACAUCCCCCCAUGCCAGGUAAAUACCCGGGAUGGAGGUUUGUUGUUAGUCGGAGCUGACAUCCAGUUCAGGAUCUGGAACCCAGUUCUGUCUGUACUAUCAGUCCAGGACUUGAAUGCCUCAACCAGGGUCAUAGCACAGAAUGCUUUGACUCACAGUCUGUGUAAGAAGACGGCCCAGGAGAUCCAGAUUGAACGGAUCAAACUUGGGGAAUAUCUGGGGAUGGACAUAAAUGAGAUGACUCAGCCCUGGGGCUUGGAGGUGGACAGAGUAGAGCUUACCUUGGGUUCUCUUCUUAAAGCACCAGAAGUAAACCCCUCUGGAUCCUUCAUCAUGCCUCCAUCUGUGCCUGGAAUGGAGGGUCUCGCUGGGCCAAUUCAGCAGCUGGCCAUGCAUUUUUUGAACCACACUGGCAAUUCACUUUCUCAGCAGGGGGACAGCAUACAUCUCACAGACGAGCUGAGCAGUAUCUCUCCGUCUGGCGUGUCUGUAGAAAAGUUGCUCAGUGCUGUGAAGCUCCAGCUUUCUGAUGCUUUAGUUUCACAGGUUAGAGCUUGUUUUCAAUUUGACAUCAGCUCAAGAGAUGGACAUCAGAGCUACUAUCUGGAUUUAAGUCAAGGCAGUGGUUCGGUUGGAGCAGGGACCUUGGGCAGAGAGCCUGACGUGACACUCAGCAUGAGUGACAGUGACCUCGUGGCCAUGUUCCAGGCUGAACUCCAGCCAUUUGCUGCCUACACCAGUGGCCGACUCCAAAUCCAGGGAGACAUUAAGACAGCAAUGAGGCUGGAAGAACUUAUAAAACUUCUCAAGAAAUAGAAACCAACUUUACAAUGUUUAUGUAUUUAUUUUAAGCCUUGAUUUUCACUGUAAAGUGAAUGUGUUUGUGUGCUUUUAUUAAAAAUGUUACACCCA